GGUCUAGCUAGCUGCAGGGAUUAGCCACCUGACUAGCGCCAGUCACCAGCGGCUCAACUCCUGCGAUGGAGAUUCGGUGCGACCUUCACGGAAUACUUACCUCUACUUCGAUCUCCAUCAAAGGCUCGCAUUCCUCCAACCAACAAAGAAAGUCUCUUGAUACCACGACAAACCAUCCCCUUCUUCCUCUUUGCGCGACCCGGACCACCACAUUCAUUCAACUACCACACCAACCGCACCUGAUCCGCCCUUGGGUCGCAUAGAGCUCCCCUAACGUAGGCGUCAACGGCGCGCCGAGCUCUCCUCAAUUCAUGAAGUCCAGCUAGGCCAGCAACAACACCGGCGCUGGUGACAACCACUCCGAUCUCGGUGCUGUUCUGCGACCUUGCAUUCCAUUUCAGGAACCUCGAUACCCAUUCAACAACUCCAACAUGAGCGCCUCCCCUUCAGGCCAAUCGAAUGGCCCAACUCCCAAUGGCGGUCCUCCUCGCAGUCAGUUUGUAAGAAAGCCCAAGGCGGCAGACCCUCUCGUAGCACGAAAGAAACCCAUUCGACGACAGAAUGUCCUGCCAAAUACCACUGGGCCAAAGCGUACUGGAACGGGUGCUGGUCGAAAGCUCCCUCAAUAUCCUGUGAAUGGAGUGAAUGCUCCGCGCGGAGUAGGGCCUGGUACAAUGCAGCAGAAUGGUGUUGGCGCAGACCCUGCGAAUGGAGGUUGGACCAAUCCGCCGGUUGGAUCAUAUACCGAUUUCCCACUUGUCACUUCGAAGAAAGCUCUCCGGGAAGGCUUGCGGUAUCAUAUUGCUCGGUUUGCCUCCAAGAAGGGUGUCGACCCCAGUGAUCAGAAUGAGUUUACUCGACCUGUUCUACUGCAUAGACGAGACCCAAGACAAAUUCUACCUGGCAAGGGAAUCAAGGAUGAAGACACGGUUAUGACGGAUAAUCCCAUUGAUUCCAAGGAGCGCGAGAGACAGGAGAUCUUAAAGGCGGAGAAGGAAGCGCAAAAGGCAGCGGAUUUGGCUCAAAUCGCACCUACUGGAAACAAUGCCUCAGCCCUUGCUGCCAAAAAGAACCAGUCUUUCAGAAACGAGAAGACCACACAGGUUCAUCGGCUCGACAAAACCGAGGAGCAGAAGAAACUCUCAGAUCUGAAGUACGAGGAGGCAUUACCAUGGCACUUGGAGGAUGCGGAUAAUAAGAAUACAUGGGUUGGUAAUUAUGAAGCCGCACUGUCGGAUACGAAUGUCAUCUUAGUGGUCGAGGGGAGCACCUUCAAGAUGAUACCUGUUGAAAAGUGGUAUAAAUUCACAUCCAAGGGCAAGUUUACGCCUUUCACAACCGAGGAAGCCGAGGCCCAAUUUGCCAAGAAGAUUAAGGAGUCAAGAUGGGUGAUGAAGAGUAACGAGGAGAAAGAGAAUGCCAAAAUGGCACAAGAAUCGAAAAAGGCCAUGUCCAACCUGUACACCGUCAAGGCGGAAAGCAGUACCUUUAAAAAUGCUGGAAAGAGCGAGGUACAAGAUAUGGAUGAACUCGAUUUCGAGGAGGGCGAUCUAUUCCAGGACGAUGAUGAGAUGGUCACAGUUGAGCCUGACAAUGAUGAAGACACGAAAGAUGCCCAGAGCCGAGUCAAGAGAGACCGUCAAGCGGCAAAUGUUUUCGACAAAGCCAAUGAAGCCGAUGUUGACGAAGAAGAAGAGGAAGAGAAGAUGGAGCAAGAAAAGAGAAGAAAGCUCGGUAAAGAAGUUACCAAGGCGUUGAGAAAGCGUGAGAGAAACUUCAUCUAUAACAGCGACUCUGACCAUCCAUACUCUGAAUCGAGCGACGAUGACACCUCUGAUGAGGAGAAGCAAAAGGAGAUUGACCGCAAGAAGGAUGAGGAGGCCAAAAACAAAGCUAAGUUGGAAUCAGCUUCAAAGCUUCCUUCUGGUGCUUCGUCAAAGGGCACUAGCACACCGUCUGGUCGACCUAAGCACUCUGACCCAUUGAAGAAGGUGAAGAGCUUAAAGAGACCUGGUUCUCCAAACCUCUCAGAAUCCAGUGGAAACGAAUCUUCAAGAAAAAAGCUCAAGAAGAAGCAUCAAUCUUCUCGUGCCAGUGGCUCGUCAACCCCCAUUCCUGGAUCUCGCCCAAUGUCUCCGGAGCCAGCUGGAAGCCAAAGUCCUCGCAAGUCUUCGAUCGUCAAGCUCACUGUUAAUCCCAACAAAGUUAGCAACAUUCAGUCUGCGCCACCAAACCCAAGUCCGGUUCGGAGUGGUGCGGCAAGCGAUGGUGAGGCAACCGGCGGAGAAAUGUCAGAUGGAGGUAAGAAGAAGAAGGCUAUUAAACUUCGCUUCAACAAUACUCCCGGUGGGUCGAGAGCUGGCAGUCCUGUUCCUGGCGCUGGCGGAAGUCGUUCUGGUAGCCCAGCUGCUGGAUCAGGAUCACCAGGCCGUGCACAAUCGCCCGCCACUGGUCAAGUUCAGGCCCAUGAGGUUCUUGCUGCUUUACCAGCUUCAGGUAUCACUCUCAAGGAUCUUUUGAAGGGCUUCUCUGGUCGUGUUCAGACUGAGCAGGACAAGAAGCACUUCAUUAAUCUCGUAAAGGAGAACUCGAAGUACGGUUCCGACAAACUUCUCCGUCCAAAAUAGGGAAUAUGAUUGAUGGACAUCUUGGGGAGGGCAUGGAUCUGAGCAUUCUUGGAGAGAACGAAAAUCCCUGUAUCAUGACUAUCUUCCGCCGUCUAUCAAGAUUGAUGCUAGGAUUUGCUGGUUUGCAUUUUGCAUCAGAAGGCCUUCUUCACAGUAUAGACAUAAAAUGAGACCCGCAUUGAGAAUAUUUUGACUGUUUUUGCUUGGUUGAAUCGACUACGUAUCCUCCUGCCAUGCAUAGUCCAGUUCCUUGUUCCUCGCUGCUCUAUUUUGAGCCUUAAAUCUCUCGCCCUCCCACCCGUUCCCUCUAUCAACACCAUCCCAUUUAUACCCAGGACGAAUGCCAUACCUAUUCGGCGCCGCCGCACCUGUAUAGACCUGCUUCCUCCAUUUCCCACCCUUCCCUUUACCGGGCGUCUUCUUACUCAGGAAUUGCGCAGCUGGGUCAUUCCACCUCUCCACCUCCUUCAACUCAUCAUUCAUCUCGACAUCAUCCACCCCCCUCGCAACGGUCAUAAACCUCGCCUCAUCCAAUUCUUCUCUCCUCUUCUCCUUCGCCGCCCUCUGCACGUCCCCCUUUUGCGCCUCUAGCUCCUCCCUCUCCUUCUGCGCCUUCGCAUCCGCCUCCCGUCUCGCCUCCUGUCUCCGCAUCGAAAUAUCAAUUCUUCGUCCGGUAGCGUCACGAUAAACAGUCUCUUCUUCUUUCCUCUUCCCGCCCUUCCCAGUCCCAAGUCCAAGGGCUGCUUGUUCCCUUUCCCAGGCUUGUGCUUCCUCUCGUUUCCGCUUCUCAAACUGAGCUGCGACGGCUUUCGCGCUCUGUAAUCCCGCAUGUGUUCCAUCUCCCAUUUUGACUAUCCCAUCGUCUUCAAUAACAGGCCCCUCAUCUUCGUGCAUCGCAGCAUUAUUCUCUUUUGCCGCCUCCGCAACUAUCCUAUCUGCGGCCUCUGCGUCCUCAUCUCUCGGCUGCAGCGCCGGGACACCGACGGUCUUCCACGCUUUCUUCUUGGCCUUGCGGAACUCAGCUGAGCCGCUGGAGAUAGUCAGGGGUGUGUCGUUGUCUUCGAUGUUUGUUGAAGUGGUGGGUGCCCAGCCAAGGGCGUCGUCGUCGGCGAUUAUGAGACCAGUGGUUUCCUUUGGGGUCUUGCGUUUGCGUUUCUUGCCGGUGCUAGAUGAGGAGGUAUCGGCUGUGAGAUAUUUGGAGGCGAGAUAGCUGGAGAGUGACAUAUUGGCGGAAAUAAGAGCCUGCACUCGACUUUGCCGUUGUGAAGUUACGGAAGGCUGAGCUUCAAC